ACAAUGAGAAAUCACACAGCGGUGACUGAAUUCAUUCUGCUGGGAAUCCCUGAGACAGAGAGCCUAGAGACGGUCCUGUUUUUCCUGUUCACAGCAAUAUAUUUAUGCACGCUCACGGGAAAUGUGCUCAUCCUGACAGCUGUCAUCUGGUCCUCUCAGCUUCACACACCUAUGUAUUUUUUCUUGGGAAACCUCUCCGUGUUUGACCUGGGUUUCUCUUCAACAACUGCUCCCAAGAUGCUAUUCUGUCUGUCAGGGCAGAGUCGAGCUAUCUCUUCUCAGGGCUGCGUGUCCCAGCUCUUCUACCAUUUCCUGGGCUGCACCGAGUGUUUCCUGUACACGGUGAUGGCCUCUGACCGCUUUGUUGCCAUCUGUCACCCUCUGAGAUACAUGGUCAUAAUGAGCCACAGGGUCUGCUCCGUCUUGGCCGCAGGGACCUGGGUGGGUGGCUGUAUCCAUGCCAUCAUCCUGACCUCCCUCACCUUCCAGCUGUCCUACUGUGGCCCUAAUGAGGUGGGCUAUUACUUCUGUGACAUCCCUGCGGUCCUGCCUCUGGCCUGUGGUGAUACAUCUUUAGCCCAGAGGGUAGGUUUUACAAAUGUUGGUCUCUUGUCUCUCAUUUGCUUUUUCCUCAUUCUUGUGUGCUACACUCGCAUUGGCAUCUCCAUAUCGAAACUUGGCUCAGCAGAGGGCAGGCAACGAGCAUUCUCCACCUGCAGCACACACGUCACCGCGAUUCUUUGUGCGUAUGGGCCAGUUGUCAUCAUCUAUCUGCAGCCCAAUCCCAGCGCCCUGCUUGGUGCUGUGAUUCAGAUAAUGAACAAUCUUGUAACCCCCAUGUUGAACCCACUGAUCUACAGCCUGAGGAAUAAAGAUGUAAAAUCAGCCCUGAGGAAUCUGUGUCUUAGGAGAAGCUUUGCUCUGGAGAAUAAAUGA